AUGUCAGUAGAAUGCUCACAGAUCCAGAAACAAGAUACUCCACGAUGGAGAAACUGGCGAUUAGCGAAGUGGGCAGACGAGCUGGGGGGCCACAACAUUUUGUAUAGGCCGCGCCCAGCCAUCAAAGGUCAAGUCCUUGCAGACUUCAUCAGAGAAGUCACAGCUGAGAAGGUCAAAGAUUGUGAAAUCGUUGAGGCUCCCAUAAAAGAUACAUCAGAUGGGCUAUGGUUCCUAUACACAGAUGGCGCCUCAAACGAGGAUGGCUCAGGAGCCGGAUUGCGCCUGGUCAGUCCUGAAAAACACGAAUUUACAUACGCUAUCAGGUUGGAUUUUAAAAACACCAACAACGAAGCAGAGUACGAGGCAUUUCUAGCAGGCUUGCGCCUCGCUAUUAAAAUGGGAGCCAAGAAUUUACAAGCGCACGUUGAUUCACUCUUGAUCGCCAGUCAAGUCAACGGAUUCUACGAUGCAAAGUGCGACGUCAUGGCCCUGUAUCUAGACCAAGCGAAAGAACUGCUUCAGAAAUUCAAGAAAUACAGGGUGGUACACAUAAAUCGCUAUGAAAAUAAACAAGCAGACGCUUUAAGCAAACUCGCGUCAACCUUCUUUCAGCAUCUUGCAAAGGAGGUCAGAAUUGAGGUGCUCAAAAAUCCAUCAGUCCUGCUGCGACAAGUGAACGUCAUCGAAAUGGGGCAACCAUCCUGGAUGACCCCUAUAAUCCGCUAUCUGCAGGAAGGGAUACUCCCAGAGAACAAAGCAGAGGCAAGGAAAAUCCAGCACAAAGCCCUGCACUACGAAAUGAAUGAUGGUAUUCUGUAUCGGAGAUCCUUCUUAGGACCCUUGUUGCGUUGCGUGGAUCCCCAAGACGCAAAUUACCUAAUUCGAGAGAUCCAUGAAGGGAUCUGUGGUAUACAUGCGGGGCCACGCAUGGUUGUUGCAAAAAUCAUGAGCGCUGGAUAUUAUUGGCCAGGGAUGCAUGUCGACGCCCUGAAGGAGCUGCGCAAAUGCGACUCCUGUCAGCGGCACUCCCCAAAGACCCUGCGCCCCAAAAAUGAUCUUAUCCCAGUGUCCACUGCUUGGCCUUUCCAACAGUGGGGGAUCGAUAUGGUGGGACCCUUCCCAGAUGCCCCGGGAGCCGUAAAGUUCAUAAUCGUGGCUGUCGAUUAUUUCACCAAGUGGGUGGAAGCCAAAGCCCUCGCAUCAACCACUGCCAUGAUGGUGCGCAAGUUUAUCUGGGAGCACAUCAUCUGCAGAUUUGGUCUUCUACUCAAGAUCGUCACAGAUAACGGCAACAAUUUUGCCUCGGAGGAUCUUAAAAAAUGGAUGAAGGAAAUGAAGAUAGAACAUGCCUUCUCAUCCGUUGCGCACCCUCAGGGCAACGGUCAAGUGGAAAGCGUAAACAAAAGCAUCGUGGAGGGGAUAACAUCCCGACUGGGCGAAACUCCUUUCAGCCUAGUAUACGGUUCAGAGGCAGUUAUCCCAGCAGAAGUCGGUCUCCCCUCGCCGCGCUUGACAGCAGUCAACACGGUCGAUAAUGAAGCAGAGCGCCGCCUCGACCUAGACCUCUUGGAAGAGAGGCGUGAGAUUGCACGUAUUAAGGAGGCGAAAUACAAGACACAACUGGAAAGGUACUACAAUGCGAGAGUCCGCAUUUGUACUUUCACUCCAGGAGAAUACGUUUUCCGUGAUAAUGAAGCUUCAAACGCCGAACGCCCUGGAAAGCUAACACCCAAAUGGGAAGGCCCGUACCUGGUCCAUGAAGUGCUAGGAAAGGGGCCUACAAAUUGCGAACGUUGGAUGGCCACAUCAUCCCGCGCACGUGGAACGCGCAACAACUGCGCAGAUGUUAUAUGUAACUACCCUGAAGCCAUGUGCCAUUUCUCUCAUAGUGGCCACGCGUCUACUUAA